UCACAUCCGUUCUUCAUCUCGUUCCUGUUCUGAUUAGGGUUUCUGCAUACAUCUCAGAUUCAUCUUGAAUCUGAGUUUAGGUUGAGUGUUUCCUGUUAAUCAGUUAGUGAUUAUCGUGUUGAUAAUCAGUUCGAGUUGUUGUGAGGAGUUUUGUGAGUGAUUUGUUCUUGUAAUUGCUAUAGUUUUUAAUCGAAGGGUAAUAAUAAUCUGGUUUGGGUAUGUGAAAGUUCUUCGAUCGAUCUUUGUUGAUACCUGUUCUUGUCACAUGGUAUCAGAGCCAUAAGGGCUCUUGGGUUAAUCUUUGAAGAUUUAGGGUUUCUGUCCGUUGUCCGCUGUGUUUUGUGGUUUGAUCUGAUUCAGAUCUUCUCGAUUGUGAAUCAGUCGCAUAAAACCUUGGUAGUUCUUGCUUCUGCCGGUUCGGAUCUGAGAGUUUGGGUUUCUGUUUGACCAGAAAUUGCUGGUAGAUUUCUUUUCGGUGGUUCUGACAGCUUAUCAAGGUGAAGAAUCUUGUUGGUCUUUACAACUCUAGAAAGUUGUGAGGCAAACCAACAGAUUAUUGCUAUUAUUCGGUUUUCUGAUCGGAUCUGUGUAACCCUAGAAGGUUACAAGAUCGGUCUUGUUUGCUGCGCAAAUCUGUGAGUUUGUUCCGAUCUGUUUUCUCCGUUAUUAUUUUUGUUGUUGUUUAGUUGUUGAUAUUGGGGGGAUACAGAGAGGGUACACUCUGUGACUUUGUGUUUGUGUGAUUAUUGAUUGCUUUCUCUUGUUUGUUAUUGUGAUCUAUACUUGGUGUUUCUUGCAUAGUUUAACUAGUGUUGUGUCUAUUAGGGUUGGCUUCUGUGCAAAGACUUGGGUAGGCACCUUGAGUGACGAACCUACCAUCUGGCCCCUGGCACAGAUCUGCCAUUGUUGCUGUUUUUGGUUUCUUUACUGUCAGUUGGUAUCCUUGAUUGUGAGAUCUGUUCUGUUUUUUUAACUUGUUACACAUGGCUGAUUUUGUUAAUCUGUUUGGUGAAACUUUAAUUAGCAAACUUGAACCUGAUAAUCCUUUGUAUUUACAUGCUAGUGAUUCAACACAUUUAACUGUUGUGAAUAUAAAACUAAAAGGUACCGAGAAUUACACAGUUUGGGCAAAUGCUAUGCUUCUUGCUUUAAGAGUUAAAAAUAAACUAGGUUUUGUAGAUGGUUCUAUUGAUAAGCCUGUAGAUGAUGAAGUACUUGCUGCUCAAUGGGAAAGAUGUAAUUCGGUUGUUUUAACCUGGAUUUUAAAUUCUGUGUCUGAGGAGUUAUAUUUGGGUCAAGUUUAUUCAAAGUUUGCUUCUGAGGUGUGGAAAGAUUUAAAGGAGACUUAUGAUAAAAUUGAUGGUUCUGUUGUGUUUAAUCUGUAUCAGAAGAUUAAUGGUUUUAGUCAAAAUGGGUUGUCUGUGUCUGAGUAUUAUCAUAAACUGAAUAUAAUGUGGAAACAGUUGGAUCAAAUACUACAGUUGCCUUCCUGUACUUGUAAUGCUUCAACUUCGUUUAAUGAUUUUAAUCAAAUGAUCAAACUUAUGCAGUUUUUAAUGGGAUUAGAUAAUGUUUACCAAAGUGUUAGAACUAAUCUAUUGACUAAAGAAAGUCUUCCUACCGUGAAAGAGGCAUUUGCCAUUGUUUCUAGAGAAGAAUCUCAUAGAAACUCUGGUAGUGAUAAGAAAAGUCAAACUGUAGGUUUUGUUUCUAAAAUUAGUCAAUCUGAUUUGACAAAGAAAACUAAUAAAGUGUCUAAUCAAUCUUUAAAAUGUUCUAACUGUAACAAGUUGGGUCAUACCGUUGAUAAAUGUUUUGAAAUUAUCGGAUAUCCCUCCUGGAUGAAGCCAAGGGGGGGACAAGGAAAGAAGGCAAUUGCUAGUAGUAGUAAUACUGUUAGUGUUGUGAAUGAUACUAGUGGAUCUGGUGUUGCAUCCUUAACUGCUGAACAAGUGUCUAGGUUGUUGAGUUUGUUAUCUGAUAGAACUUGUGAGACUGCUGGUCAGAGCUGCAAUGUGUCAGGAUUUGUUAACAAAGAAAAUCCUGGUGACUGGUAGACAGUUAGAUGGUCUGUACUUCUGUGGAAAUUCCUGUAAAUCUGUUAAGGACGCCUGCUUCCGUGCUGAAUGGUAAAACUCCGUAUGAGAUGUUGUAUAAGUUUGAACCCUUUCUAGAUCAUUUAAGAUUGUUUGGGUGUCUUUGUUUUUGUACUGUCUUAAAUGAGUCAAAUAAGUUAAGUAGUAGGGCUGAGAAAUGUGUGUUCAUUGGAUAUUCGAAUGAA